AUGACAGUUCCUGUCAGUGUAUACAAUUAUGCUCGAUUUAAUCCAUUCGAUCCAAGCACCAUGUUUGCUAACUUCGUCUCGAUUAAUUCAGAAAGUGCUUGUCUUUGCGAAUGCUACAACAAUACAUUGUGUAUGACGGCAACUUAUUCUGCCAUCAAUCAAACAUGUUCAUUAUACUCAGUACAAUUAAAUGAAGGACAAUUACAGGUGCAACUACAACUACAAGCACGACGACAUCGACUGUCACAACGACUAGUAACAACAUCAUGUACUGGACAGGGUGUCGGCUCAUUACUUUCUGUUAGUGGAUCAAUCGGAUGGACUUAUUAUUCGCAUAAUUAUACAGCAACGGUACUAGCACCUGUGCUUCAGUUUGCUGUUCAAGGUGGUCCAGCAGCAGAGACUGUUUAUCUGGAUGAUGUCUCUGUAGUUGCCAUCAGUCAACCGACAAUUCAAUUGCUUAACAAUCCUAGCUUUGAAAUGUCAACAUCAAGCCCGAUCGAUUGGGUAAUGUGGUGUACAUCUUCGUGCGUUGGUAGCAAUGAUGGAGGCCAGAUUACAACUUCUGGCUGUCACAAUAAUUCUGGUAAUAACUGUUAUACAAGUCAUUGUCAGACUGGUUUCAAUUUUCUUGGUCAAUCAUUUUCGGCAGUAGUUGGCACUGUUUACAAAAUUUCGUUUUGGUACUAUAAAACUGGAGGAGGCGCUGGAAAACUCUAUGUCGAUAUAGAAUAA